ACGUGCAUCGCUGGUUUUACUUCCGGUAUGUUUUAUCACUGAAAUUCACGUGGAGUUUGCUGCUCUGUAAAACGUCAAGAUCGCAAGAAUUAGAAGUCAGGUUCUUAUUUGAAAAUGACGACCUUGGACAGAGUCGCAAAACCUAAAACAAAGAGGUCAAAACGAUUUCUCCAAAGCAGGGAACCAAAAUUAACUGAGAACGUAAAGAAUGCCAUGAUAAUUAAAGGCGGUAACACAAGCGAGACCGUCACAAACGCCCUAAAAGAUAUUUAUUCCUUAAAGAAACCAAAUGCAGUUUUGUACAAAAAGAAGAAUACAGCUCGACCAUUUGAAGAUCAAACAUCAUUGGAAUUCUUCUCAAAAAAGUCAGACUGCUCCUUGUUUCUGUUCGGCUCACACAACAAGAAACGGCCAAACAACUUCGUAUUUGGACGCAUGUUUGAUUAUCAUGUGCUGGACAUGAUCGAGCUGGGCAUCGAGAAAUUUGUUUCGCUGAAGGAAAUAAAGAGUGCCAGCUGCCCAGAGGGAACCAAACCUCUGCUGGUGUUUGCUGGAGAUGCCUUCGACACAAUCGGGGAGUAUGCUCGUCUGCGGAGCAUCCUGAUUGAUUUCUUCAGGGGACCGACCGUUUCCGCCAUUCGGCUGGCAGGACUGGAGCACAUCCUUCACUUCACGGCCCUGGAUGGAAAAAUCUACAUGCGCAGCUACAGAGUUUUGCUGAAGAAGUCGGGCUGUCGGACCCCCAGGAUCGAGCUGGAGGAAAUGGGCCCCUCGUUCGAUUUCAUCCUUCGCAGAACGCACCUGGCGUCCGAUGACCUGUACAAGACGGCCCACAAGCAGCCCAAGGCCCUAAAGCCGAAGAACAAGAAGAACGUUUCCCACAAUGUUUUUGGCACCAAGUUUGGACGCCUGCACAUGCAGAAGCAGAACCUGGACAAACUGCAAACUCGCAAGAUGAAGGGUUUGCGCAAGAGGGGCGGCGAUGUCAUGCAGGGCGAGGACGCCGUGUCCCCGAAAAAAUCCAGAGACGAAUGAAGUCUGAUCUGGAGUCUGCUCCCCAAAAACUCCAGUGAACGGAACUAGGAAACAUGCUGAUGAUAUUUAAGAUGAAAGGGGCUGGCACGUAUGUGAAGGUGCUCCGCUUAUCUUUCCUCAACCAAGCUAAAUACUCAGAGAAACCAAAUGAAAUCAGUAAGGAAAUGCUAAUUUUAUUGAAUUAACCAUAAUAGAAUGCAGAAUCGCAUAUAUGCCAGCCCUUGAGAGCCACGACCAGAGACCUUGCAUAAAGUGGGCAUCUUGGGGAUACCUUUGGACUAUUUUCGCACCUUGAGGAAUGUGGGGUAUUCUCUUUCCAGCUCAAUGCAUUGUUGCAUAAUUGAAUAAAAUGAACUUUGAUAGAAAGGC